AUGGACACGGAGCGCGAUGCUUUUGUUUCAUCCUUGGCCAAGUUCACCUACCUGACGACGAUCAAGGAGAUGAAGCAGAAGAACAUCGAGUGCAUCAAGGCUUUGCUUUCCAUUGGACUCUCUGAGGGAAACAACCUGGGACCCUCCUGGCUGUAUGUCUUGCACUGCAUCUCCCAGCUGGAGCGGCUCCAACUGAUCGGCACCCGCGGUGCGAGGCAGGACUUCCAGUUCUUCCAGUUGGAAGACGAGGCUCUCUCGCCCGGAUCUGCGAGCAGGACCAAUGCCAGCAUUGCCGGACAACAGGUUGUCAAGCGUCGUGCACAUGGCUUGGGGGUGUCCGCCUUGGUGGCCAUUGGGCAGGACGAUCGCAACGUCGAGCUGGUGAACUCGGAGUCCAUCGCUUCGCAGAUCGACGCGUCUCAGAUUGAGCUGCUCUUCAACAAGUCCACGCAGCUGUCUCCACCCGCAGUGGUCCACUUCGUGACUCAGUUGGCAAAGGUCUCCAAGGAAGAGUUGGCCCUGGCCGACCAGCCCCGAAUCUUCUCUUUGCAGAAGCUGGUGGAGGUGGCCGACUUCAACAUGGGGCGGAUGCGAGUCGUUUGGGGCCGGAUAUGGCGUGUCCUGAGCAGCCACUUCGUGGAUGUGGCUGCUCAUCAGAAUGUACGGGUGUGCAACUUCGCCAUGGACUCCCUGCGUCAGCUGACGAUGAAGUUCCUGGAGAAGGACGAGCUCGCGGGCUACAACUUCCAGGCCGACUUCCUGAAGCCCUUCGAGACCAUCAUGGUGGGGCCUCCACCCGUCAGCAAGGAGGUCAAGGACUACCUGGUUCACAUCAUUGCCUAUAUGGCUGAUGCAAGCUUUCGGAGCAUCCGGUCCGGAUGGAAAGCGGUUCUCCACAUCUGUGCUGCCGCUGCUCAAGAUCCGUCACUCGGGGAGGCGACAGUCGAGGUAGCCUUCAAAGUGGUGGAGAAGGUCAAUUUAGACGGCUCUUACCACAUCUUCGUGGAGAACUUCACGGACGGCAUUCGGGCACUGCUCUCCUUCGCACAGUGCAAGGUCCAGGACAAGAAAAUCAUCGCCCUCAAGGACUCGCAGUCCCAGGGCGAAGAGAAGCCAGUGGCCGCGAAAGAGGUCAGGGAGGACAUCUCGGUUCUGGCGAUAGGUUUCCUCCUCAAGGCCGCCGAAUACUUAGCCGAUCCACAAACGAAAGAUCUCCCAUCGGGUACUUCCCUGCCCCAGGAUGUGCAUUCUAUGACGGAGGGCCAUCCAGCUGCUGCAUGGUUUCCCAUUCUGCGGGGCCUUUCCAUGCUGGUGGGCGACCCACGAAGAGAAGUGAGAUCCAAGUCACUGAAUGGCGUCUUCGACAUCCUCCGAGAACAUGGAAGGCAAGUCUUCGACGAGGACACUUGGCGAAUGGUUUUCAACGGAGUCAUCAAGCCGCUGUUCGAUGACAUUCACCAUCAGCUUGCCCCGCCACCUGAUCACAAGGGUCGUCGGGAUGCAAGCCAUAGCACCUCCAUGGGGCCCCCGACUUGCUUGCUUGCCUUGACGCAGCUGGUGAGGCUGAUUGAAGCGCACUUGGAUGUCCUAUCAUUCCUCUUGGAAGAUGUGCUCCGCUUGAUCACGAACUGCAUCCAGCACGAGCUUGAGGCAGUGGCUCGAAUUGGUGUGGAGGGCUUCAAGCAGUUGCUGCUCUCCACGGGAAAGAACCUCACCCCUCCCCUGUGGCAGAAGGUCACCAACUGCAUUUUGGAGCUCUUCAAGGAGAACAUGCCAAGGAAGCUCAUGGAAGUCGACAAGGCCUCUCUGGAGCUCCCGUUCAACGAGGAGGAUGUCGUGAUCCAGUGCGUGGUGCAGCUCCUGCUCAGCGACAUGCUGAAGGAAGCUCUGUCACAGCACUACGAGAACAUUCCGGAAAGCAGCCUCAUGACGCUCUUAGACGCCUUGCAGCAGUCCUUCGAGUUUGCUCAGGAGUUCAACGGCCAGAUCGAGCUGCGGCAAGCGCUCAAAAGGCUUGGCUUCAUGAAGGACAUGAAGCAGCUUCCCGGGCUGUUCAAGCAAGAGCGCGAGUCUCUCAGCUGCUCACUGCGGAUACUCUUCCAGGUGCAAGCGGACCCGCGGAAGGAAGCAGAGUUUGCCUCCCAAGCGGUGGAGCGAUUGCUGCGGCUCUGCCGUUCUGUCCUGCAAAACUACGUGAGCAAGGAGAAAAUCCUGCACGAGCGUGAGUCGUCAGGUGAGUCAGGGGAGGGCGUUGCGAACGAGUCAAGGCUCUCUGAGGCUGCAAUUGUGGAAAUGGAAAGAGAGGUUCUUGGCAUAGUGCCGAUCAUCUCAGAAGUAGUGGUGAAGGGCUUGAAGGACCUUCCACAGAAGCUGUUUGAGCAGCAUAUCCACGAGUUGUUCCCGCUCUUCUGUGACCUCACCAUGGUCAACGCGCGGGAGGUACGAUUACUGGUGCGGGAGGUGCUGGUGGAGCGCGUCACCCCACUCCUGGGACACCAAGCGAGUUAA